AAACACUACUGCAGAGCACGACACGGAGGCUGCCAUCGUCAUCGGCGCCAUCUUGGAUAUACCUUUGCUGGUAAUGAGACGUGUCGUGAUGUAUCUUCAGCAGUCUCUCUGGAUGUUCUCCUGACGAACCUCAUCAAGGGAAAUCUGCUUCCUUCUGCUCUCAUCUGGAUCACCAGCAGACCAGCAGCUGCCAGUAAGAUUCCUGCUGACUGUAUCGACCGGCUGACAGAGAUACGAGGAUUCAAUGAUGCCCAAAAGGAGGAGUACUUCAGAAAGAGACUCACAGAUCAGAAUCAGGCCAGAGAAAUCAUUGAUCACAUUAAACAGUCAAAGAGUCUCUUUAUUAUGUGCCACAUCCCAGUCUUCUGCUGGAUUUCAGCCACUGUUCUCCAGAACAUUUUGAAGGAGAACAGAAAUACUGAACUGAAACACAGGGCUAAUGCUGAAACACUGCAGGAAUCUCCCAAGACUCUGACACAGAUGUACACACACUUUCUCCGCUUUCAGAUCCAGCAGAGCAGAAGAAAGUAUGAUGGAGAAAACACACCAGAUGUCUCCUGGGAUCCAAACCUCAUCCUUUCACUGGGGAAACUGGCCUUCCAGCAGCUGGAAAGAAACAAUGUGAUCUUCUAUGAGAGCGAUCUGAAAGACUGUGGCAUUGACGUCUAUAAGGCAUCUGUGUACUCAGGCAUGUGCACCCAGAUCUUCAAGGAGGAGACGGGAAUCAUUCUUGGUACCAUGUACUGCUUUCUUCACUUGAGCAUUCAAGAGUUCAUUGCAGCGCUUUAUCAACAUCUGUUUCGAGACAGCGACAAGAAACAAGCAGAAAAAAGUAGAAAUAAGGCUAUGAGGAAUUUGCUGAAGACUGCUGUGGACAAGGCUCUAAAAAGUGAGAAUGGACAUCUGGACCUUUACCUUCGCUUCCUUCUCGGUCUGUCAUUCCAGUCCAAUCGACAACUCUUACGAGGCCUGUUGACACAGCAGGAUGACAGAGACCAGAGCAAAGAGGAAAUAAUUGCAUACAUCAAGCAGAAACUUGAGGGAAAUCUGUCUCCAGAGAGAUCCAUCAAUCUGUUUUACUGUCUGAAUGAACUGAACGACCAAACUCUGCUGAAAGAGAUUCAGUCUCACCUCAGUAGAGGAAGUCUGUCAUCUGCUGACCUUUCACCUGCCCAGUGGUCUGCUCUGGUCUUUGUGUUGUUGACCUCAGAGGAGGAGCUGGAGGAGUUUGAGCUUCAGAAAUUCCAGAGAUCAGACGAGUGUCUCAUCAGACUAUCAGCAGUCAUCAAAUCCUCCAAAAGAGCUCAGCUACAGGGAUGUAAACUCACUGUUCAGUCCUGUGAGAGUUUGUCUUCAGCUCUACAAUCGUCAAACUGUGUCCUGAGAGAGCUGGACCUGAGUAACAAUGACCUGCAGGAUUCAGGAGUGAAGCUUCUCUCUGAUGGACUGAAGAGUCAACACUGUAAACUGGAGACACUGAGGUAA